CAAGCCCUCUCUUCUUAGUCGAUUACAAGAUAUUCCUCAAUCACAAACCCCUUUCGAGUGCUCUCGAAUAAAAGAUAAUUUUGCUCUUUUCGUUAAAAUACGCAUAUAUAUUUCUACACAGCCUUCGUGGCUCAGUCGCGCUGAAGAUAAGAAACCGUUCGUUCCUGAGAAUUUCGUUCCGGUUUGUGCACGUUUGUCGGAAGACCGAAGCGUCAACUCUUUUAAAGGUGCUUGUUGCUUUGCCUGACGGAGGAGAGAGAAUAAACAUUUCAUUGGCGUUUCCCCCGCGCUGUGCGUCGGAGUAGCUGAACCUCAAAGGCCUGCAGGACGUGUAGUUCUCCGUUCGCCAGGACAGCUUGUCACGAAGGCGGGAAAGCAGAGCCAAUCAAACGCGCGCAAAACUCUACGGGCGCGAACAUCCUGAUUUGGGUGUCUAGCGGUGACGUCAGAGGGCGGUCCCUCAUCUGUGGCUUGACCUCCCCCUCCCCCCCAGCCGUCUGAGAGUCAGGUGAGGCGAGGCACAGCCGCUGGCCGAACCAGAUAAAACGCUCGAUUAGGUCUCCGCGCGAGCGAGUGUGUCGGCGGGCAGGCACGAGAUAAAGCCGGCGCCAUGAUGCAAGUGAGCACAAUGUACGCGCAAUCUCUCGAACGGCAGCUGGUGUCGCGGCGCUCGCAGCUCAUCCACAACCUCUCCCGCUCCAGCUGCGGUCAGUCGGACCCGAUGCGACAGGCAGCCGACGCCCCGACGCUGGACCCGCUGCCGCCCCUGCCGCCUCCCGCGGCCAAGGGCGAGACCGAAGUGGACCCCAAGGAGUGCACGGACCGCCUGUGCCGCCUGCCGUCGCAGUGCCGCGGGGGGCACAUCCUGGGCUCGCCGCGAAGGCAGACCUCGGCCGCCGCCGCCGCCUCGCGCCUCACGCAGUCCACGGGCAACCUGGCCGUGCACUCCGACCUGAGCCUCAUGAAGAAGAAGGACGGCGACCUGGCCGCCGCCGGGUCGCCGCACCACUCGCCCGUGCUCGACAAGAAGGCCGCCAAGAAGGCCAAGGAGAAGCAGGAGAAGGAGGCCAAGAAGUCGCCCUCCAACUUCAUGCUGCUCACGCCGUGGUUCACCAGGCAGAACUGCGAGAAGCUCCUGACGCAGGUGCGCUCCGGGGACAUCCUCGAGUUCAACAUCAAGCUGCACCACCACUGGGGCAUCGCCGUGCUGCCCAAGAACAAAAAGCCGAGCCUGACCACCUUGGAGAUGGCGCACCUCCUUCGGGAUAAGGACGGGCGCCAGAGGGUCGUCCGCCAGGCCCUGAAGGACUACUGGCACGAGGGCGUCACCGCCAGGAUCAACAACUCCAGGGACGUCCACAAGCCUCCUCUGCCCGCCGGGGAAGUGACGUCGGCGGCACUCAAGUUGAUCGUGCAACCGUACCGGGUGUGGCAGAACUCCGAACAGAUGGUCGUCUCGUGUCGUUAUGGCGACGGGCAGCGAGCGAGGCAGCUCAGCGAUGCAGCCAGAUGGGGUUCGCUGAGUCGGUGCGUGGGGCUGUGGCUGACGCUCACCUCCUCGACGCAGAGCAGUCCUGCGGGCUCGCCAGGCCCCCUCAGGAAGAGAACCGUGUCUGUCAACUUCUAAGGGACUUGGAGGAGAGAUGAGAAGAGAAGAGAAGAAGAGGAGGCGUUAAGGGACUUGGAGGAGAAGAGAAGAGGAGAGAGACCAGCAAAGAAGGGAAUGGGAGGAGGAACAAUUCGUCCCGCGGGAGACGGCAACUGUGAUGUCUGGCUCCCGGGAGGAGAGGCAGAAGAAUGUCGUCCCAAAGGUACGGAAAGGAAAGAGAAUAAGGAAGGGAGGAGAAGGAGAGAAAGUGAGUGCGUUUUGUGGUUGCUAUAAUAAGUAUUGUCAUUAUUUUUAUAUAUUUUCAUGGUACGUCAGAAGGAAGUACAUCAUAUAUUCUUUCGGGUCGUUGACGAUACAGUGAUAUAUAUAUAUAUAUAUAUAUAUAUAUAUAUAUAUAUAUAUAUAUAUAUAUAUAUAUAUAUAUCAGAUAUGACCGUGUUUAGGUUGUAAGGUGAGACCUGUAUUUACAAAUAUAUAGAAUUAUAUAUUUAUUUGAGUGGUAAUGGAUUAACUGUAUAGAAAACGGAUGUAGGGUAAUGUAUAUUAUUUUUUUCUAGUCUUGUAUUUUUUCUUAAGAAAGAGUAUAUGCUAUUCCGCCAGUGGCCAGGUAAAAGAAAAUAAAAAAUAGAUAUAUUUAAGGAAAAAGACUUGGGUAACAGAACCGAGACAUGGGAAAUGUGAUAUUACAUUUUAUUCCGCUGAGGAAAAAAAAACAAAGUCAAAAAUAAAAUUUUGAAAUUUUUCAAAUAUGAAAUUGACUUGGAAUAAUGCAAUGGCCUGAUUGCAAGUGAAGAA